AUGAAGUGCUGUGAAGCACUGGAAUUGAUUGAUUAUUUAAGUGAAGUGAAUUACUUGUGGUAUCUUCAAGAAUGGACUUCUAAAGAGGUAAUGGAAAUCAUCUAUGACAGUGAUGAAUUGGACAUCACUUCUAAUAUAAUCGAAAACGUGUUGUCUGGGAGGCAAAACAUCGUCUUACUCUUUGAAACAACUCAGGGGGAGUUGUUUGGAUGUUAUAACAAAAGCGUAAUCAAACAGAAUAGUGUAGGGUUCGUUGAAGAUAAAGACUUUUUUGUGUUUUCAUUCAAGAGCAAAUCACUCUUGAAGCCAACUAAAUACGUCAAAAAGUGUGACUGCCAAAAUUAUGUCCAAAACGACUUAUCUUUAUACUUCCCACACAGUACAGAAUAUGUGAUUGACACAGCAAGUUCAUUUCUCAUAUACUUACCACUUAACGAUUGGUGUUCAGAAAUUAAUAUCGACUUCAAUAAGUGUUUUGAAGGAAAUGCCGCGGACUUUGUCGGCCAGAGUUGUAGUUUUGCAUUGAGAAGAUUCCUAGUUAUACAGAUGUGGUAA